ACUAAAGCUGAAAACUCAUUUGUGAAUAAAUGACGUUAUCUUACUUCAAAUGCUUUUUUUCCGACUUGUUUUUAAUAUGCACUUCUUUCCCAUCUUCUGGCUCAGAACUGCGCAUUCUCAGGCUGGCUAACGGGAAAGCCUCGCGCAUAACUUGGCUGCUUGCACUUUUAACUUUUCUAUCAUAAACACUUCAGCCAGUAGCCGGCUCUCAUUAAGCGGUUCAUUUCCUUAUUUACUUUGUGAACUCCGUUUACAGAUGCCCGUGGUUGCGUCCAAUGGCUUUUGUAAAGAAGAAGCUGGGAACCAAGGAAAGAUUUUCUCUAUUGCUUCUUGACCUUGAAGAAUUUUACUUUGAGCAGCAUACAGCUUACCAAGUCAACAAAAGUGAUAAAAGAAAAAUAAGAGGAUCUUUGAAAAUUUGCUCUAAAUCUGUCAUUUUUGACCCUGAGUCAUUAACAGAGGCAAUUUUAAAGAUACCACUAAGAGACUGCAUUAGGAUUGAAGAAAAAGAGCACUAUAGUGGCCUUAAUCCUUUUGAAGGAGACAUAUCAGAUGGAUUCUCUAUUUUAUGUAACCAGGUUUUUUUCAUCAAAGAACACAAUAUUGUGGCUCCUUUUAAAAUCCAAAGAGGAAAACAUGAGUUUUUGUUUCAACUAGAGGCUUCCAGAAAAACAGAGGAUGUUGUUCAGAUAUUAUUACAGCUUCAUAGAGCAUCCUGUCUUGAAAAGCUUGGGGAUCAAACUGCAAUGGUUACAGCCAAUUUGCAGUCUCGUUUAGCCCGAACAUCUUUUGAUAAAAACAGUUUUGAAAACAUUUCUGAGAAUCCACAUAUGGAAUGUGAAGCUGAAAUGGUAACACCUUUAGUUACGAAUCCUGGGCAUUUGUGCAUUACUAACCGAAACCUCUAUUUUCAACCACUCAAUGGAUAUCCUGAACCAGUUGUACGCAUAAAACUGGAGAAUGUGAUGCGUAUUUUUAAAAGAAGACAUGGACUGAGACCUUUGGGUAUUGAAAUAUUUUGCACUGAAGAUGACUUGUGUUCUGAUAUAUACUUGAAAUUUUACAAAGCAGAAGAUCGUGAUGAGCUAUAUUACUACAUUGCUUCAAUUCUAGAAGAUCACAUGGGAGAUUAUACAGCUGAAAACCUUAUGUUGCAGUGGCAGAAAGGACACAUAACUAAUUACCAGUAUCUGUUACACCUUAACAACUUAGCUGAUAGGAGCUGCAAUGACCUUUCCCAAUACCCUGUGUUUCCUUGGGUAAUAGCUGACUAUAACAGUCCAAAGCUUGAUUUGAUGAAUCCUGAAACAUUCAGAGACCUGAGCAAACCAGUUGGUGCACUGAGUAAAGAAAGACUUGAGAGGCUAUUGGAUCGUUACAGAGAUAUGCCAGAACCAAAGUUCAUGUAUGGAAGUCAUUAUUCAUCUCCAGGAUAUGUACUGUUCUACCUUGUAAGAGUUGCUCCAGAGCACAUGCUGUGUUUACAAAAUGGCCGGUAUGAUCAUGCAGACAGAAUGUUUAACAGCAUUGCAGAGACCUGGAAGAACUGUUUGGAAGGUGCCACAGACUUCAAAGAGCUUAUCCCUGAAUUUUAUGGAACUGAUUCCAGCUUCUUAGUGAAUGAUUUAAAACUGGAUCUAGGCAAAAGACAAGGAGGGAAAAUGGUCGAUGAUGUGCUUCUUCCACCAUGGGCUAAUGACCCUAAUGAUUUCCUUCGUAAAAAUCAAGAGGCUUUAGAGAGUCAAUAUGUUUCUGAGCAUCUCCAUGAAUGGAUUGACUUGAUAUUUGGCUAUAAGCAAAGAGGAAGUGAAGCAGUUUCUGCACAUAAUGUGUUUCAUCCUUUGACAUAUGAAGGUGGAAUGGACUGUGACAGUAUUGAAGAUACUGACCAGAAGAUUGCCAUGCUUACACAAAUUCUGGAGUUUGGACAAACUCCCAAGCAGCUUUUUAACACUCCCCAUCCUCAAAGAAUAACACCAAAGUUUCAAAGCUUCUCCAGCCCACCAAGCAGGAGUGCUUCUCAGUAUGAAUUAUCUCCAGUUUCUACAAGUGAGGAUUCUUCAUUUGAAGAUCUGACUGAAGAAAGCCGAAAGCUAGCAUGGAACAAUAUUUCUAAAUUGAAACGGUCAUCCAUGCAUAAAAUACACAAAGAAGCAGUAACAGGAAUAGCAGUUACGCGUAAUGCUGCUACAGUUUUUACAACCUCUCAAGAUUCAGCAUUGAAGAUGUUUUCAUGUGAAUCCAACACUUUGCAAAGAAGCAUUUCCUUUUCUAACAUGCCCCUGUCCUCUUGUGUUGUACUUCCAGAAGACACCACUGUUGUUUGUUCAUCAUGGGAUAACAAAAUAUAUUUUUAUUCAGUUGCAUAUGGAAGAAGACAAAACACCCUCAUGGGACAUGAUGAUGCUGUGAGCAAAAUUUGCUGGCGGGAAAAUCAACUGUUCACUGCAUCAUGGGAUUCAACAGUUAAGGUUUGGAAGUGUGUUCCUGUAGAUAUUUCAAGUAAAAGAGAUCAGUGUGAGCUUUUGGCAGAGCUGGAACAUGAUGCAGGUGUCAAUACCAUCAGUCUGAAUUCUGCAGGCACCAUGUUAGUGUCAGGGACCAAGGAAGGAACUCUUAGCAUAUGGGACAUCACAGCAUUUAGUGUGCUACGUCAAAUUCUAGGCCACUCUGGUGAAGUAUAUGAUGUGGCUUUCAGCCCUGACAGCAGACAUGUCCUUAGCACUGGAGAUGACAAAUUCUUGAAGGUGGUUGAUGUACAAAGUGGAAUGCUGAUUUCAUCAGUUGCAUCAGAGCAGGUUCAGAGAUGUUUCUUAUGGGACGGAAACACAGUUCUUUCUGGAAGUCAGUCUGGAAACCUCUUCGUGUGGGAUAUUAUUUCUGGAAAAAUUAUUAAUAAGAUCCCUGGACAUUCAGGGGCUGUUACAGCGAUGUGGAUGAACGAGCAAUGCAGUAGUUUUAUAACUGGUGGGGAGGACAAGCAAAUCAUCUUUUGGAAAGUGCAAUAUUAAGUCUUGAUGUGCCUUUUUUGCGGUUGUUAAUUUUGAUGCAGUUUUCAAGAAUAAUAUUAUUAGCACACUUGUAAUAUUUCUUAUUCCAUGCCUCUCCCUUAGACAAUAUGGAAGUAAGCUCUUUUCUGCACUAGAUUAAAGGACAGGUUAAGGAUGAUCACGCAAUUUUAGAGAGACAUUUGCUUUAUUUGUACAUAUCAUGCUUUUAUUAAGCAAAAUCUAUAUUAUUUUUUGUACUUCUACAAAGAUUUGGUGGGCUGGCGCCCUGCCCGGGGUUUGUUUCCUGCCUUGUGCCUU